AUGUUUCCACGCCAAACCCAUUUUGCCAUCAUUCUUCUCACCAAAAUGUUCCUUCUGUGGGCAAUUCUGGUCGCCUUUUUGGCGUCUGUGAAUGCUACUUUUAUUGGAGUAAGUGGAGCCCUACUAUGUUCUGAUCCCUACAGCAACGUCGCCUCAAUCUUUCUAAUGGAAAGAGAUUUUGGGAGAACGAUUUUCGAUUCUGUUGAUGACGACGAUGUGCUAGCUUACAAAGAAAUCGGAUUGAAUGAGCCAUUUGAGCUUGGCGGUGAAGAAGUGGAGAUUAAUGGUCUUGAACCGUACAUAUAUAUAAGGCAUAGUUGCAAAAAGGGUUAUCAAGAAGAAGUGAUAAAUCUUGGCGAUACUCAGUUCAAGGAUCGCAUGUAUUACCUUCGAAAGGAUUUGGACACUGGAAAGACUAUUUUACAUUAA